UUUGAAGAUUAGAGAGAACCAACUUUUUGCGCCCCGCAACAUUCGAUAUCCAACACAAUACACGAUGCCUACAGCUACCACUGUAGCUACGGCGGGCAAGUCUGCCAAACGCAAGAGAGUUUCGUCGGAAAAGAAACCAAUAAAACGGGCACGGUCAGAAAGCAGCGACGAAGAGGAAGAUACCCAGGCGCAAAUACUUCUACUGGAGAAUGAGAUAUUCGAGUCGAAAAAGAACUACAACAACAUCGCCAAAUUAAUCAAAAUAUUCACGUCGGAAAAGGAAGAUCCCGACGAUUCAGUGGUUGCUGCCAUUUCGCUAUGCCGGGUUUUCACAAGAUUGUUGGUCGCGGGAGAUCUGGAAUCCAAGGCCAAAGCCAGCGAGAAGGAGUUGAUUGUUGCGAAAUGGCUGAGAGAACGGUAUUCGGAAUACAAAUUGGCAUUGCUUGAUCUUCUGGGGGAAGAAGGAAUCAGUGCUACGGCAUUGACUCUAUGUAUGCGUCUAUUGAAGACAGACGGCGAGACUGUUCGAAAUAAUCAGGAUUACCAGUUCCCUAGCACUUUCCUUACAGGAAUUGUGCGAACCUUGCUGAGGCCAGAGAGCGAAGCAAGUACGCGGAAAGAAUUCAGUGAGAAAUUCGUCGAGGAGUAUGACGAUAUUCGGUUCUAUACUUUCGAAGCAAUUCAGUAAGUAACCAAGGUUAGUUUCGCUGGCCAUGCCUAACCAUUUUGCAGAAAGAUCUCGACGAACUCUUCAAUUGCAACCUCGACCCAGUUAUUUGACAAUAUCCUCGAGAUUCUGACGACGAUCGAAUCCGUUCCUGAAUCAAAUGAUGAGCUCGAAGACUUCUAUAUACCGGCUCCCCAAAAGAAAACGCAUGCCCUCCAUUCCCUUUCACAGCAUAAGAAACGGGCACAAACGGCCUGGCUUGCCUUGAUGAAUAUGGAAAUGGACAAGGAACAGAGGAAAUCGAUCUUAAGAAUCAUGUCAGAAUCAAUUGCGCCUUGGUUCCUUAAGCCAGAACUGUUGAUGGAUUUCUUAUCGGAUUGCUAUGAUACUGGUGGAUCGACCUCAUUAUUGGCGCUAUCUGGAGUCUUCUAUUUGAUUCAAGAGAAAAAUCUGGACUACCCCUCAUUUUACCGAAAGCUAUAUUCUUUACUUGACUCGGAAAUAUUACAUUCGAAGCACCGAUCGAGGUUCUUCCGACUCAUGGACACUUUCCUAGGGUCAUCCCAUCUCCCAGCUGUUCUGGUUGCAAGCUUCAUCAAAAGACUCGCGAGGCUGACACUUUACGCCCCACCAUCGGGGAUUGUGGCUGUCGUUCCUUGGAUUUACAAUUUGUUCAAGAAGCACCCUUCAUGCACGUUCAUGAUCCAUCGGGUACCCAGAACGAAUGAAGAGAAAGUGAAUUUUGAGACGAUGGGUGCGGUAGACCCGUUUGAUAUGGACGAGGAGGACCCAAUGGAAACAAAUGCGAUUCAAAGUAGUAUUUGGGAGAUCGCCACAUUGCAGUCUCACUAUCAUGCAAAUGUUGCUACGCUCACAAAGAUUAUUUCCGAGCAAUUCACUAAGCAUGCUUAUAAUCUGGAGGACUUUCUCGAUCAUUCUUAUGGAAGUGUACAUUGCCCCUUCUCUUAGGAAGAGAGAAUUGUCUGCUAAUAAUGGAUAGAUGAUUGAGUCAGAGUUGGGCAAGGACGUCAAGAAGGUGCCAGUUGUAGAAUAUGAGAUACCCAAAAGAAUCUUCCUCGAGCAAAAUGCGGAGUUGGGUCUGGAGGAUAGCUUGUUGGUGAAGCUAUGGGACUUUAGUUGA